UCAAAGGGUACUUAAAACAACUCCUUUAUCUAGUCUCACAUAUAUACCUUCUCUCUCCCCUCUCUUUCUCUCUCUCUCUCUCUCUCAUGGCAAGAGUGUCAGAUCUUCCUCUUGUAGUUGGUAGAGUGAUUGGAGAUGUUGUUGAUUAUUUCUCUCCAUCUGUUAAAAUGACUAUCACUUACAACUCUAACAAGCAGAUCUAUAAUGGCCAUGAGCUCUUUCCUUCCUCUGUGACAGCUAAACCUAGGGCUCAGGUUCAUGGAGGUGAUAUGAGGUCCUUCUUCACACUGAUCAUGACUGACCCUGAUGUUCCUGGUCCUAGUGAUCCAUACCUGAGGGAGCACAUACACUGGAUGGUCACAGACAUCCCAGGCACAACAGAUUCCUCUUUCGGAAGAGAGGUGCUGAGCUAUGAAAUGCCAAGGCCAAACAUAGGGAUCCACAGGUUUGUGUUCCUCCUCUUCAAGCAGAAGUAUAGACAGACAGUGAUCAGCAUACCGGCUUCAAGGGACGGAUUCAGUACUCGGAAAUUCGCAGAAGAGAAUGAGCUAGGCCUUCCUGUUGCCGCCGUGUUCUUCAAUUGCCAAAGAGAAACUGCUGCAAGGAAGCGUUAAUUGAUUGAUCAGACCAUCUCUUCUUCUGCUUCACCCCAGCAUAUAUAUAUAUAUAUAUAUAUAUAUAUAUGCAUCUACUAUAUAUUGUUAAGUAUUGUGGUCCAACACCCUACAGUAGUACUCUAUUUGGAACUUCAUUGGUUCACUACAAUAAGCCAGUGAACUGUAGGUGUAUGUUCAGUCCUCUCUUGCUCUCUCUUUCUGUAUUUGUACUGUUUUAUGUAGACUUUUAUGUGGUAGUAGUAGUAGUAUAUAUAUCUCUCUCUCUCUCUUUGUCUAGUUAUGUGUGUGUGCACUGUUUACUGUAGUAGUAACUUUAGUUGUUCACACCUUGUUUUUUCAUAUUUGGCAACUCUGGAAUGUCUCUAGGUUACUAGUUAUAAAAUGAAAA